CCGGCCCUGCCUCUGAUUGAUUCGCUUUUUCCUGGAGAGAGCGGCCGGCGGCGCUCGGGCCGCCAGCACCUGCCCGCGCCGGGCCGGCUUCUUCCUUCCCCCGCGCCGCAGCCAAAGCCCCCAUGCUCCCCGCCCCCGCCGCCCCCCGGUGGCCGCCGCUCCUGCUGCUGCUGCUGCUGCUGCUGCUGCCGCAGCUCGCCCGCGGCGCCCCGGCCCGGCCCGGCGCGGAGGGGCAGGCCUCGGAGCUGGUGGUGCCCACGCGGUUGCCCGGCAGCGCGGGCGAGCUCGCGCUCCACCUGUCCGCCUUCGGCCAGGGCUUCGUGCUGCGCCUGGCGCCCGACGACAGCUUCCUGGCGCCCGAGUUCAAGAUCCAGCGCCUCGGGGGCCCCGGGCCUGAGGCCGGGGGCGAGCGGGGGCCGCGCGGCUGCUUCUACUCGGGCACCGUGAAUGGGGAGCCCGAGUCGCUGGCGGCCGUCAGCCUGUGCCGCGGGCUGAGCGGCUCCUUCCUGCUGGACGGCGAGGAGUUCACCAUCCAGCCGCAGGGCGCGGGGGGCUCCCUGGCGCAGCCGCACCGCGUGCAGCGCUGGGGCCCCGGGACCAACCGCGGGGCCUCCGGGCUCGCCGCGGCCGCCGAAGCCCGCCCCCUCCCUCGAGGACCCGAGUGGGAGGUGGAGACCGGAGAGAGGAGGAGGCAGGAGGGAGGCGACGACCAGGCGGAGAAGGAAAAGGAGGACGAGGAGGAGGAGAGCGAAGAAGAGGAGGCAGAAGGUGCCACCGAGCUGCCACCACCCCUGGGGGCCACGAGUAGGACCAAGCGGUUUGUGUCUGAGGCUCGCUUCGUGGAAACGCUGCUGGUGGCCGAUGCGUCCAUGGCUGCCUUCUAUGGGGCCGACCUGCAGAACCACAUGCUGAUGUUAAUGUCUGUGGCAGCACGAAUCUACAAGCACCCCAGCAUCAGGAACUCCAUCAACCUGAUGGUGGUAAAGGUGCUGAUAGUGGAAGAUGAAAAAUGGGGCCCGGAGGUGUCGGACAACGGUGGGCUCACGCUGCGCAAUUUCUGCAACUGGCAGCGGCGCUUCAACCAGCCAAGCGACCGCCAUCCGGAGCACUACGACACAGCCAUCCUGCUCACCAGACAGAACUUCUGCGGGAAGGAGGGCUUGUGCGACACCCUGGGUGUGGCAGACAUUGGCACCAUCUGCGACCCCAACAAGAGCUGCUCCGUGAUCGAGGAUGAGGGGCUGCAGGCAGCGCACACUCUGGCCCAUGAACUAGGGCACGUCCUCAGCAUGCCCCAUGACGACUCCAAGCCCUGCACGCGGCUCUUCGGGCCCAUGGGCAAGCACCACAUGAUGGCGCCACUCUUCGUCCACCUGAACAAGACGCUGCCCUGGUCUCCCUGCAGCGCCAUGUACCUCACAGAGCUCCUGGACGGUGGACACGGAGACUGCCUCCUAGACGCCCCCACCUCGGCCCUGCCCCUCCCCACAGACCUCCCAGGCCGCAGGGCCCUCUAUGAGCUGGACCAACAGUGCAAGCAGAUCUUUGGGCCGGGUUUCCGCCACUGCCCCAACACCUCUGCACAGGACGUCUGCGCCCAGCUCUGGUGCCACACGGAUGCGGCCGAGCCCCUCUGCCACACCAAGAACGGCAGCCUGCCCUGGGCAGACGGCACGCCCUGUGGGCCUGGGCACCUCUGCUCGGAAGGCAGCUGUCUGCCUGAGGAGGUCGUGGAGAGGCCCAAGGCUGUGGUAGAUGGAGGCUGGGCCCCGUGGGGACCCUGGGGAGAAUGUUCUCGGACCUGCGGAGGAGGAGUGCAGUUUUCACACCGUGAGUGCAAGGACCCUGAGCCUGAGAAUGGAGGAAGAUACUGCCUGGGUCGGAGAGCCAAGUACCAGUCAUGCCACACGGAGGAAUGCCCCCCUGAUGGGAAAAGCUUCAGGGAGCAGCAGUGUGAGAAGUACAAUGCCUACAACUACACUGACAUGGACGGGAAUCUCCUGCAGUGGGUCCCCAAGUAUGCAGGGGUGUCCCCCCGGGACCGCUGCAAGUUGUUCUGCCGAGCCCGGGGGAGGAGUGAGUUCAAAGUGUUCGAGGCCAAGGUGAUUGAUGGUACCCUGUGUGGCCCGGAGACUCUGGCCAUCUGCGUCCGCGGCCAGUGUGUCAAGGCUGGCUGUGACCACGUGGUGGACUCGCCUAGGAAGCUGGACAAGUGCGGGGUGUGUGGGGGCAAAGGCAACUCUUGCAGGAAGGUCUCCGGUUCCCUCAGCCCCUCCAGUUAUGGCUACAAUGACAUUGUCACCAUCCCAGCUGGUGCCACUAACAUCGACGUGAAACAGCGGAGCCACCCCGGGGUGCAGAACGAUGGCAACUACCUAGCGGUGAAGACGGCCGACGGGCGGUACCUGCUCAACGGCAACCUGGCCAUCUCCGCCAUAGAGCAGGACAUCCUGGUGAAGGGGACCAUCCUGAAGUACAGCGGCUCCAUUGCCACCCUGGAGCGGCUGCAGAGCUUCCGGCCCCUACCUGAGCCUCUGACCGUGCAGCUCCUGACGGUGCCUGGUGAGGUCUUCCCCCCCAAAGUCAAAUAUACCUUCUUCGUUCCUAACGACGUGGACUUCAACGUACAGAACAGCAAAGAGAGAGCAACCACCAACGUCAUCCAGCCGCUGCUCCACGCGCAGUGGGUGCUGGGGGACUGGUCUGAGUGCUCGGGCACCUGCGGAGCCGGCUGGCAGCGGCGAACUGUGGAGUGCAGGGACCCCUCCGGCCAGGCCUCCGCCGCCUGCAACAAGGCUCUGAAACCUGAGGAUGCCAAGCCCUGCGGAAGCCAGCCGUGCCCCCUGUGAUUCAGUGGGGCGGGGGCUGGUCUUGUGCUGGACGUGGGGUGCUGGGGUGCAGACAAGGUCCCCAUUGUGGUGACCGUACGUAUCGAGAUGGCAUGGCCCACCCAGGCCUCCCAUUGCCGCAGCCCCUCAGGUACUGCAUGAAUUCAUAAGGGGAGGAGGAGAGGGGGUGGGACGACAGAUCGUAACGUCAACUGUCUAGUGGACUGGACCUUGCUCGGGUUCAAGUAGAGGGCAUAGGUUAAAAGGUAAAAGUGCACUUAUUGACCCAAACAGGACACUCAGAGUCAGCCUGUUUGCAAAGGACUAGCAAAGUUAAAUGAAGAAAAUUCUUUUCUAUCUGGUUUCCCCCGAUAAAUAGUCUACCUCAGAGGGGAAAAAACUAGUACAAGAGAGGUGUGGGGCAGGGAGUGGAUGGUGAAUGUCAAGGCAAGCUCCAUAGCUGCGCCCCAGGCUGUCUUCAGAAAUGACCGUGACUGUGUUCAGCGCUACAGUCCAUGGCCUCCAGGGCUGCAGCCCCGGCUGUGGAGGGCCACAUGUUCUCAGGCUGCCACCUGCAGGGGUGGAUCCAUUUCAAGUAUUUAUGCAAAUGUGUCUCUGAACUAAAGUGUGAUCUUAUGCCAA